CUUGCAGUCGCUGGUUUCCUUUUCAACUCGACCACACGAGCGCAAAACUCGUCGUCAUUGUUGUUCUUGACGACGGGACGAUUGCUAAUAAUUGAAAAUUCGUGUCCGCACCGACCGCGGCGCCGCCACUACCGCUCUCAACGCUUUAUAUAAAACUGCCUGCCCAAGAAAGAAGACGACUCAUUUCGUCCGGGUCGGUUCUCAAGCGUAUUUAUCGUACUUCGACUAAGGCAGCAUAAAAUAAAUAUUAAAUAAUUGUGUAAAUAAUAAAAUACAUUAGUGAUUUUAAUCGGAUUCAAUAUGGCGGUUGAAUUAAGUAAUGUGAUUUAUGAUGUACCGACCCUCACUGGUAAAUUACAAAAGUUAUCGUUCUAUGCCAACAAUGAUAUAUAUCAACUCACGGAUAAUACAAAAAAUGCGGAUGAUGAGCACAAAUCAAAAGUAAUGCCGACAUCAACACCGUCUACGACUACAGAACCGUACGAAAUAAAAUACGUAACACAAGCAGACUAUCCUCGAGUAUUGCAUCACCUGCAACGCUUCUUCUUCAAAGAUGAGCCGCUCAAUGUGAGCAUAAACCUGUUGGGCGGAAAAAACACCUGCCCGGAGCUCGAGGAUUUUUCGAAGAAAUGUUUGGACCACGGCUGUUCGUACAUGGCAGUCUCGAGCUCCGACGAGGUGGUGGGUGUGUCUGUGAAUGCCGUCGAUCGUCCUUCGGACGGUCAGGAGGAAGCCGAAGAUUGUGGCAAUCCCAAGUUUCAGAAAAUUAUCAACUUGCUAAUGACUAUUGAUUGUGAAGUGGACAUUUUCAAUCGGUACAAAGACGUUAAUUCGGUGAUGAACUGCAAGAUUUUGUCGGUGGAUUCAACUUGGCGGGGGCGGGGGAUUGCUAAGCAAUUGCUGGAUAAGACGAGGGAUGUGGCAAGACAACAAGGCCAACAGCUGAUGCGUGUUGAUUGCACGAGUCAUUACAGCGCUAAAGCGAUCGCUCGCCUCGGCUUCGAGUGCAUCUAUACAAAACAAUACGCAGACUACAAAGUGGAUUGCGAAGCAGUCUUCACACCCGAGCCGCCACACACAGAAGUCGCGGUCUAUGUGCAAGCCAUCACGCCCGCACAAAAACUAUGAUAUACUACAAAAGAACCAUUAAAUAAGAUAGGAAAUCGGGUUUGUAUCAAAACGCAAUCGGCGCUUAGAAAAUGAUAUUACAUUGCAUUGUAUGCAACAAUAUCCGUAUUUGUUGUGGCAAAUGAAUAAAAAUCUGUGAAAUUAGAAUUAGGAAUUAAAAGAUAUUAUAAUAAUACAACACAACAUUUGAUAUAGCAGAUAAGAGCACAUGUUUUGGCCACGUGUAUUUUAAACAACUUACGUUGCUGUAAAACUUUAAGCUGUGCAUAAAUAAAGUCAAAUUAUGUGUCAUGUUUA